AUGGGCAACUACACAUCAUGUGCAUUAACAACACAAUUCGGCAAGACUAAAUCAGCAAAAGUAAUAUUUCCAUCGGGAGAAAUAAAGCAAUUUCAACAACAAACAAAGGCAGCAGAAUUAAUGCUAGAAAUUCCAAAUUAUUUUUUAGUAAAUUCAAAGUCAUUACAAAUUGGUAAAAGAUUUUUACCUCUUAAUGCAGAUGAAGACCUAGAAAUAGGGAAUGUGUACGUUAUGUUUGGUAUGAAGAGGGUAAAUUCCUUUGUUACUGCGGCUGAUAUGGGUAAACUUUUCCUUGUUGCCAAACGUGGUUCUAAGAGUAAUGGGAGAGUAAGGGUAGUUCCGGCGUGUUCCGAGGAAAGUGAAUCGGUGGCGCGUGAGAUGGUGGAAGUAGAAGAAUUGGAGUUGGAGUUUAUGCAUAGGAGGUCUGUUGGCCGGUCUAGGAAACCGGUUCUUGAGACUAUUGUGGAAGAGCCUAAUUCUCUGAGAUGGAGGGGUGAGAGUUGA